AUGAAUUUUUUGUCCAACUCGCACAAUGUAGUAAUAAUCACUUUUGUAACGCUAAUCACAUUUACCACUAACACAUCCUCACUAAACGCCUCAUACAAUGAAUCUAACACUGAACAACUAAAAACUGGCUACACAUUUGCUGAGUUAGGGAUGUAUUAUGAACCGAAAUAUGUAUUUACAUCUUUCUUCGAGGGAGCAUCUCCAAUCCAUAGCGCCACAAGCUCAAACUACGUAAUGCACGAUAUUGUAAUUCCAAGGAAGGAUACAAAAUUAAAAUAUUUUGUAUCUGGGAAUGUAAAGAAUUUGGUACAAGGCAAACCCAUAACGGUAAUGAUUGGUACCAUGUUUGGCAACUAUUUUGACAUGCUACUUGAUAUAACACUCAGUAUUGAUAACAACAGGUUUAAAUUUGAUCUACCUAGAGGGAGGUAUUACAUCAAAUUACAGGGAUCAGGUUAUAUGUUACCAGGGGCUCUCAGAAUUAAUUUACCUUGUAGAAAUGCCAAGUGCCCAUUCGUUGGAAUAAAUUACACCGACAGUUUGGAAGUUUAUCCCACUAAAAAUGAUCCAGAUCUUUACACUUUCUCUUGGAGACUCCAAAACACAACGCAGUAUGGAAUUGAGACGGUUAGCACGGUGCCAAAAGAUGAAUCAUCACUCAGUAACACUUCAACAAUUAACAAUUAUGAAAAGAUUGAAGCUAGCGAUGCAGCUGCCAAACUUGAACAUAUGUUUGGAAUUGAAUUGCACGGGGUUUGGGGCAGUGAAUAUUCUUACCGCCUACUCUCUGUACUUAUGGAAUUCCAAUUCCUACGCUCCAAUAAGGAUAAGCCUCAACAUUGGUCAUUAGUAGACAACGACUUAUAUCCAGGAGAUGUAAGAGUUGUUGAAGAGGAGAAUAGUAGGUAUGAGAAGAUGAUAAGUAUUUCCAAAAAUGCGUUCAAGUAUGCCAUAAAGAAGACACACGAGAGAAAACAUAAUGGUAACUACUUCAGUAGACGGCUAUUUAAAGCAGUAAUUAGGGCUACGUGUUUAGAUUCGGUGGUUAAGAUGAAAUAUUUAUUUUCAAAAUUACAUGGAGUGGAGAUUUUAGAACCAAGUGAAUUGGACACAAUGGCACAUAUGGGCAAACCAAUCACCAAUUACUCGUGGCGUGAUUACCAGAGCUGGUUCAAACAUCCGGAGGAGCUGAUAGAAUUAGCAACCAGUUGGAGUGAGUAUCCCGCGGGGUUUCACCGUAUUAAGGGGUUAAAAUACUUGUUACGUCGCAUGGAUGGGUUGGUAAAUCCGGAACAACCAACGGCUCCAGCUAUUGCUUAUCCCAGGGGCCCAGAUACAGAUUCCUACAUCGAAUUCAUGGAAAGUGGAUUUUACCGCUAUCCUGAUAUAUCCAAACUGGUGCUACAUGAAUUGGGCCAUUUUAUCGAUAUGAACACCUUAACUCUGGAAUUACAGAUGGAUUGGCAAAGGAUUGGCGGAUGGUACAAUGAUUCAAAUGAUCCUGAUGGUUGGAGCACUCGCCAACAAACGCAAUUCGUCUCUUCUUAUGCACAUAAGAAAAAUCCGCAAGAGGAUUUUGCUUCAUCACUGGCUGAUUAUUUACUAAACCCCAAGAAGCUUAUGACUAGGGCCCCGGACAAAUACAAUUGGAUUAAGAAAAGCGUUAUGGGCGGGGCACACUACGUCACUAAGUCUAGUCAUGAAUUUACGGUUCUAAAUUUGGGCAGUCCAAAUUUUAUCUAUCCUGGAAGAAUAGGUUCCAUUGUAAUUACGGUAACUGGUGGAGAGAGGGACAAUAAAUUUGUUAAUUGGAACUUCAAGCUGAUUUCACGACAACAAUCCUGUGCCACUUCACUGAGCUUUAGGCUAUUUAGCACAAUUGGUACAUUUGUUGAUAUAUACUUACGUCCUAAAGGUGCAAAAUGUGGCAACACAUUUGAGGGCACUCAAGUAUUCAAUUCAUCCGUUAAACGUGGGGUAUGGACAACAGAUCAAAUUGAAAUAACCGAUCAAAAUGGACUACAGCGUUUCGUAGGCGCCGCUGAUUUUGGGUUACGCGUGUGGAUUAAUAAUGUACAUGAAGAUUUUCAAGAUCCCGUUACGAUUAAAGAGUCUAUCAAGUUUAAUUUGGUGCAUGAUGUAGCUGGCCCGAUACUACGCGUUAAUUAUCUAGUACGCGAUGAUGGAAUCUUGAAAAACCCAGGCGCUUCUUAUGCUACAAUAAACGGAGAUGGUUAUGCUCAGCAUUCAUUGUUUGGUUACUCUGAUAUCCCCACUCAGUCCCCUUUGUGGACGGGAUCCAAACCCUCAACUCAAUGCAACACGGUACAAGAAGACGCGUAUUUAAAUUGCUACGCAGUUUCUGUAAAUGUGGUAUUAUCAAAAAAUGCUAGGAGUGGAAAGUACAGUCUGGCUGGACUAACUACAAUGGACACCGCUGGCAAUAGUGAAAUGUUGCAAUGGGGAAAUAAUGAAGGCCCCUAUAUUAUGUACACUUCCAGUGGGGUUGCGGAUACCAAUCAACCUGAACUAAAAGAUAUAACUGUAACAAGCAAUCCGACAAAUAUUGAUAAGAUUGAUGGUGAAACUAAAGUUGAAAUAUCCUUUAAAAUUAGAGAUCAAGAAAGUGGAAUAUCUACUGUAUGGUUUAGGAUUAGGGAUCCAUUUGGCACGGAGAUAUUACUUUAUCCUCCAGAAUUUGAUACUAGCUCAAAUGACUGGAUGACAAUUAACAAGAUCCACUUGCUACCGAGGGGCUCAGUGCCUGGAGUUUGGCAUUUGAAUUCUAUUUAUGUCGAAGAUAAUGCGGGGAAUGCCACAAGAGCCACAUUGACUGAGAAUAUUUAUGUUUCGGGAUAG